AUGUGGAGGAGAUCCAACACCACCACGAUAACCACCACCUCUAGGACGACUACCACGGAGACGGUGACCGCCAUCAGGAUGCCGUGGACUCUCCGGGCUGGUUCGAAAGAUGCUGCAAAGAAGCAUGUGUCGCCCGCGCACUCGGAGGUGGAACUGCCGCCUCGACGAAGCGAACACUCGACUCGGUCACGUCCUCGCUCCCCGCUGCCCCGACUAUCAGAGACCCAGACCGUGGACGGAGAACACUCGUUGUUGACCCACGAUUGCAACAAUGGAAGCGGACCUGAUUCUGCUAGGGAGAGAGAUGGUAAAGAUCCUGCUCUGUCUCGUGCGGCGACCAAGAGAAACCGGUUUAGCCUGAUGAGGUUCCGCCACGCUUCCGACCCCCAGUUGUCAUCUAGCUACCAGAGCUCGGAACCGCCCCCGGUUCCUAAGCUCAUUCCUCCACCUACAAUUAUCACAACUUCACCGACCAGCCACAAUCUGGAACAACCGGUAAAGGCCCUGCCUCCAGGCCAACCACAGGGUCAGCUGCAUUUUUCGCGGUCAUCACAUAACCUGGUCUCCGAUGGAGAACUUGCUUCUCGAAGCUCGAGCCCGGGACUCAUGGGAAGGCCUAAAAAGGACCGUAGUGCUAACUCGACACCUCCCGCCUCCUCCAACGCAAGACACUCUCACAUCUGCUUCGAAGAAGCCGGAAGACUGUCCACCGCCUCUCUCCGUAGUGGACAUCGCGCCCAUGCACACGCAGACUCGCAGUCCGGCUUCUCCAACGCUCGCCUAUCCGAAUCUUCUCGCUCUGACGCCAGCUCUGGCGAUAGAUCCAUGUAUUAUGGCCAGCCAUCGAAGAAAGAAUCUACCUCUGCUUCGUCAUCCAUAUUCCGGUUCCCCCGUCUAAAGAAGAGCAGAGCAUCUCUCUUCCCGGUCCCGGUCAAAUUACCUCCCUCGGAGGGCCAGGCAUACCACCGCCAGACCCAAUCGAGCAAAUCUGCUGAACUAUUCAGCGAGUCAAACCUACCCUCGCCUUCCCAUUCAUCUUCUGGCCGUCCAGCAUCAACCGCCGGGUCUCCUAGGCCCCCGCUCUUCCGCAAGGACUCUGCUACCUCGGGUCGAUCCAAAUCUUCCGUCUCCCCAGCUGCCACUGAUCGUGCCAAACGCCGUGCCAGAUCUUCUACCCUCGGCUCCCUACACCAGAUUCAAGAUGACACUGAUAACAGUCUAACGCCAGAUGCCACUCCACCAGCAAUCAGUGCUUCUCGCAAAUCUUUUAGUGAUCUUUUUAAUAUCCACACCCGCCUUAAACACAGCCAGCAUGACCUCGCCAUGUCAUCUCGGGCAGGAACGCCCACUGCUUCCACACCUGGAGCUGGGCCUAGUCCAAUGACUCCUACCACAUCUAAGCCAAACUCAUUUUCUCUCGCACGCGAACUGUCUUCUUAUCCACCCCGCUCUCCCACUGAUACUUCUGCCACCUAUCUAUCUCGCCUAGAAUCCUGUGUUCACCGUGGUGCCAUUGCGACGAUUUUAUCCCAAUCCGCAGAAGAAUUCUACUCCGUUGCUCUACGCAAGUAUAUGCGUAGCUUCUCCUUCUUUGGUGACCCGAUGGAUAUCGCGAUUCGCAAGCUGCUGAUGGAAGCCGAACUGCCGCGUGAAACUCAGCAUAUUGAUCGCAUGAUUCAAUCUUUCGCCAACCGCUACCAUGAAUGUAACCCCGGAAUCUUUGAGUCUACCGAACAAGCAUACUUUAUUUCUUUUUCGCUGCUCAUCCUGCACACAGAUGUGUUCAACAAGAACAACAAGCGCAAGAUGCAACGUGCGGACUAUGUCAAGAAUACCCGUGGUGAAGGUGUGGCUGAUGAAAUUCUGGAGUGCUUUUAUGAUAACAUCUGCUAUACCCCCUUUAUCCAUGUUGAGGAUGAAAUUAAUCUCAGCUCCCGUCUCUCAUCUCCUAAGGCUCGAAGCAAUCUCAUGACGAAGAUGGCAAGUACAGACCAUUUGAUGAAGUCAUCCAAGGAUCCAGUAGACCCAUACGCGCUCAUUCUCGAAGGCAGGGUGUCCACUUUACGCCCUAAUCUCAAGAAUGUCAUGGAACUCGAAGAUGUCUACUCCUCGACCCCGGCCACGAACACACAUCUACCCUCCCCUCCUUCUAUAGCACAACUAAAUAAUACUUUCGAUAAUCCAUGCAAGCUUCAGAUUGUCUCUGCUCGUUCGCGGCCAGAUGCAUUUAUGACUGAGUCGACAAUUGCUAAUCCAGCAGAGUCACAGCCUGGCCUAGUCGACAUCCGUGUUGUCAAAGUCGGUCUGCUCUGGCGGAAGGAUGCAAAAAAGAAAAAGGCUUUGUCACCCUGGCAGGAAUGGGGUGCUGUGCUUACCGGCUCACAGCUUUACCUAUUCCGGGAUGUCCAAUGGGUAAAGUCUCUGAUCUCACAGUAUGAUGCAAAACAUAAGCAGGACAACCGGCCUCCGGCAGUAACAUUCACACCUCCCCUUGCAGCAUUCAAGCCAGACACAAUUAUGUCUACUGCCGAAGCUGUUGCGCUGCUUGACUCAAGCUACAAAAGACAUAAGCAUGGCUUUCUUCUUGUGCGCCACGGUGGGUAUGAAGAAGUAUUCUUGGCUAACUCGGACGUGGAGAUGGCGGAAUGGGUGAAUUUGAUCAACUAUGCUGCGACAUAUCGCACUAGUGGCAUUCGCAUGAGAGGUUCAGAAAAGGAGAAGCAGUCUAACGCCGACCCGCAGCAUACCCAGGAGGCGCAUGCUGCUCGCCGCGCACAGAUUGCACAGCACAUAAAAGAAUCGAAUGAGAAAUUAUUCAUUGCACAACGCCAGGUUGAUAUGUUGCUAAGAAAUGCGAGACACUUGCAGCAUCUUACGCCCAUUCAUCCACGGACUAGAGGCCAGGUCAUCCUUGCAGCAGGUCGGAUGGCUGCUAAAGUGAAGUGGGCUCGGCUUGAACUAGAAAGAUUGAAGUGUCAUCGAGGAAUUCUAGCGAGAGAUCUAGCGGAAGAGGAGGGCCGUGUUGGUGCGGGAGGUUGGAAGAGGGAGGUUGGUCUUGCUCUUGGUCAAAUGAUGGAUGGUGCUGGGGACGUUGGGGAAGACGGCACAUUAUUGGGUGAAAAGGACAGUGAAAGAAUAUCGCUAUCAAUAACAAACGGGAAUGGGCUAGUCGGAAUCGAAACUGCCUCUAUUGCUGCAGAGAGCAAUCGACACUCGAUUUCGUCGACAAUCGCAUCUAAACAUACGAACUUUUCCACCCCUAAUCUCAACUCUGUGACAACGCCGACCACAGAUACAGACAGCAUUUCAAACGCAGUUACUCCACGGCCAAGCGUUACGGAUGAUGAUGAUGACGAAGAGCAACGUUUCCUCCGCGAAACAGGCAUCCUCGCUCUGGACACCGUCUCCCUGUCGAGCCCACCAAACUCGCCGGGAAAACACGAACCUAUUACCCCCAUCUCCACCACUUCCACAAACAAGGAUGCUGUUCAGCCCUCCCCUCCCGCAUCUUCUGAACGCUCUAAAGUUCGUCGCAGCUUCCAGCGUACUCUUCGAGAGGCCCACCAUAAUGUCCCUCUUCAUCGCAAUAGCCGUAAGGGCCGAGACCGUGACUCUUCCACCUCUGCUCAGUCGUCUACACAUUCUACUUCCGCCGGUGCUAGUGCUAGUAAUGGCAACAACCCUGGAACCCCAUCUACUCCCGCAGCUACCUCCGAUGAACCUGGAACUCUCCCCCGCAAGUCUCCCAGCUUCACUGUUCACGGCAAAAAGGCUUCUAUCAUCACGUUCGGCUCUGAAUGGCAGACCCUUUCGCCUGAGCAGAGACUAAAGCAGCGUAAGCCGCAGUCAAACCAGCAGCUCCAGCCAGCACAAGGCCAACCGGAGAAUGGAUUGACGGCUAUUGACGACGGUACAGACUCGAUCUUCUCGCCUUCUAUAGUCUCGACUAUUGGACCUGAUAAUGCAGAACAGACAGGCACGCAGAUAACUAGAUCGACUAGCAUCGCAUCUUCGGCCCUCACUUUCCAUUCUGUGGAUGCAGGUACUCCGGCUGUUGCAUCUCGUUGCUCGCCAGCAAUAAGUGAUGUGUCGCAUACCCCAGGCCCCGGUUCCGGCAACACCGGCGAACAUCAAGGCCCUCAUGAUGAUUCAAAGCUUGUCUUAGCUUGA